AAAUCUCUAAAACCUACUUUGACCAUAAAAACUCCAACAACUCAAGAACUGGCAUUUCAAAAUUUCCAAAACUCAAAACUCAGACCCCUUCUUUCUCUGCUUACCUCCAUCACCGGUGACCGAAGAGUUCCAGCUGGGCAUCGACGUCUUUACCGGCAAACACCCCUCACCCCUUUCAUCUUAUACCGUGCCCUCUUUCUCUGUGUGUGUUCAUGAACGGCCGGCCACCGGUGAAGCCGGUGGCGGUGCGGUGCGGUGACAACGACAGAAAACCGGCAGAGCCGGGGGUACCAAUGCAACGCUCACGGCGGCGACGGUAGUGAAAUUUCGCGCCGGCGACGACCGGAAAGCCGGAAACGGACGGCGGUGGUGGCACUUCUGCUCUGAUAAAAUUCCGGUGAGUUGUUUCAUCUCAUUAUUUUCUUUAUGUAUUCUUUUCUGUUCCUCCUUUCCUCGGUCGAUUGUUAAUAUUUCAGGCGGGGUGGAGCUUUCCGGUGACAAUCGAAGAAGGACAUGAUGGUGUUAAUGAUGAUGAAGUGGUGGUGUUGGCCGACGGCGGCGCUCACCGCCGGAGCCAUGCCGUCUACGGCAGUGGCGGUAAUGGUGGUGGUUUUGUUCACGUUUCAAGUUUGUGGGUUGGUUCAAGUUCAGUUAAGUGUCGGUUCGGGUGACAUCUCGGGUCUCGGUUCGGUUCGGUUCAACAAGACAGGCUACGGGUCAAACUUAGUCCACCUCGGGUCACGAUACGGUUCGGGUCAGUCGCGGUCAACAGGUGAAAGCGGUCAACCCGGGUCAGACCCGGUCAACUCAGUUUCGGCUCAGUCAAGAUUGGUCAAAAUAGGUCAACAAAAGUCAACGGUCAAACUUGGUAAACGACAGUCAAAACAGUCAACUCAAAGGCCCGGAAUGCUCUAGUUGCACGCUAGCGAGUUCACAUUCUUGGAAUGACACUACGGAAUCACGCUAGGCUAGCUUUGCACAGGAAUGUCAAGGUGA